AUGGCUCAGAGUAAUGAAUCUACGGUAUCUGAGUUUGUGCUUCUGGGCCUUUCUAAAUCUUGGGGCCUUCAACUUUUACUUUUUACCAUCUUUUCUGUCAUCUAUGUGACAUCAGUAUUGGGCAAUGUCAUGAUUAUUGUCAUAAUUUUAUCUGACUCACAUUUGAACUCUCCUAUGUACUUCUUACUAGGUAACCUUUCAUUCAUUGACAUCUGCCAAUCUAACUUUGCCACUCCCAAGAUGCUUGUCGACUUUUUUGUUGAGCACAAAACUAUUUCCUUUGAAGGCUGCAUGGCACAGAUUUUUCUUCUUCAUAGCUUUGUUGGGAGUGAAAUGAUGUUGCUCGUAGCUAUGGGAUAUGACAGGUUUGUAGCAAUAUGUAAGCCACUGCACUACAAUCUAAUUAUGAAUCGGAGGGUGUGUAUAAUUUUUGUGUCUAUUUCCUGGUCAGUAGGUAUAUUUCAUUCUGUUAGCCACUUGGCAUUUACAGUGAACCUGCCAUUCUGUGGUCCCAAUAAGGUAGAUAGCUUUUUUUGUGAUCUUCCCCUGGUGAUAAAACUUGCUUGCAUGGAUACCUACAGAAUGGAAAUCUUGACCUUGGCUAACAGUGGCCUGAUAUCCCUGAGCUGUUUCCUGGCUUUAAUCAUCUCCUACAUCGUCAUUUUUGUCACAGUCCGGCACCAGGCCUCUAGUGGGUCAUCCAAAGCACUUUCUACACUGACUGCCCACAUCACAGUAGUGAUUCUGUUCUUUGGACCUUGUAUUUAUUUCUACAUAUGGCCUUUUAGCAGACUGUCUGUGGAUAAGUUCCUUUCUGUCUUCUAUACCAUUUGCACUCCUUUACUGAAUCCUGUCAUAUAUUCUCUGAGGAAUGAAGAUGUUAAAUCAGCCUUGAGGAAAUUGAGAAACCGCCAUGUAAAUCCUGGGAAAAACUAA